UAUAUUUAAUGCAAAUUUAUAUGUUGCAAAAAAAUAUUCUUCUUUCGCUUAUUCGAAGAUACAUUAUAGAUAUCAUAACCUAAGUCAAGCUUAUUGGAUCUUAUUUAUAUCUUGGAGACGUGUGUGGUAUGGUUUACGAGGUGUACCUUCUUAUCGAAAAUAUUUCCAAAGAUCAGUAUAGAAUUUAUAUCGAUUUCUAUCGUAUUUCCCAUCUAUGAUAAAAUGAAAAUAUCCUCUAUAAAGGAAUAAUAAAAGGGAUCUAUUUUAAAGAUUCGAAAGGAUAUAUUAAUACUUGAGAGUAUUGCUAUUAAUUAUAAGAUUGAAAAAGAAUAUUACCAAUGAGUUUCAUUCUAACGGAAGAGGAAAGAAGAAUCUUCGAUUUAUUGAGGUUAGAAGGAUGUUGUUUAAGAUGUUGUUUACGCUUCACCGGAUGCAGAAAUGCUAAGUAUUAUCAAGAUCUUGCCGAAUUGAAGAACCUUGUACAGUAUUCGGAGGUAAAUAAAUUAUACGCCAAGGAACAAGCCCUUCCAUGUAUCGCAUGUUUAGGCAUUCUUCAACCUAAAGUAGAAGAACGUGUAAUAGAAAGAAUUAUAGAAGAAGUGAAGAAGCAAAACUACGAUUGUUCGACCUUUACUUGUGCUUUAACCGUACCAAUAUCUUUGUGUCUCAGAGAAAGAUCAUUGCACAUUUAUAUCGCCAAAAAGUUUAAUCUAGCUAAACCAGACUUUACCAAUCUCAAAUACAAAACUCUUAAUGUUAAGGACAUAUGGAAAUGGAUUGCACUUCCUAGAUUGGAAGAUACCAUAGGAAAACAUCCAGAUUUAACGAAGCCAUCUCCAUUUUUACUAGAAAUUUGUUUUGUAUAUGCCUGCGACGAAAAUGAAUGUUGUACAUUAUUAGACAAAUUGGGAAAUAAUCAUAGCAAAUGUUCAGAUAAGAAAAGAAAGUAUGAUUACAAUAAAUACAGUAGAAAACACAUUGAAUCUGUGAUGUCUAGUACAACGGAUGAAAUAUUUGAAAAGUAUUAUCUAUUUCCACCAGCUCAGCCAGAUUCUUUUAUAAAUAUUGGAAAUGUUUUGUGCUCUCACAGUAGCAUCUUUGUAGGAGGACGCUAUAAUAAGCUUUCGCGACAGCUCAGUCAAACGCCUUGGUUCAUCAAUGGGGAAAAAAAAAUGGAAACAUCUGUGCAAGACAUAUUAUGUGAACCUAUUGCUAAAGCCGUUAAAGCCGAAUCAAUCAAAUUUUUAUCUUCUGGAAGAGAAGACGUUGAUGUAAGAAACAUACAUUCUGGCAGACCGUUUGCAGUUGAAUUAAUAAAUCCUCGAAUAACAAAGAUAACUUCUGAACUUUUAUCGAACUUGGUUACCAUCAUCAAUGAUAGUUCUACGCAAGUUAAAGUAACGAGUAAUUUGAAAUUACUAACGAGGGACGAUUUAAAAAAAUUAAAAGAAGGUGAAAAUGUUAAAACAAAAUUUUAUCGAGCACUUUGCGUAUGUCGCAGAGCACCACAAGACGAAUCAAGCCUUGAAGCUUUAAAUAAAUUAAAAAACGUAAAAAUAAUUCAAAAAACACCGAUCAGAGUCCUUCACAGACGUCCAUUGACUCCCCGUGUACGUUUCAUAUACGACAUGCGUGCUCGUUGGGCGAAACCGCAAGAAUUACCGAACGCACCCAUAGACGAUAACACUUUUUUUGUAUUGGAUGUAAAAACCCAAGCAGGUACUUAUGUCAAAGAAUUCGUUCAUGGAGAUUUUGGACGAACAAAGCCAAGUUUAUGUGAUCUUUUGAAAACGGAAGUAGACAUUGUAGCAUUAGAUGUUACAGGCAUCAAUUUAAAUUGGCCAUAAAAGAUUGUAGAAUUUAAUCCUCCUUCUGUCCAUCUUAUGGAGAGGACUUAUAAAUUUUUAUCGCGCGUUACAUCGCAUCUGUAAUAGUGUAUAAAAAUGUUACGAUUUUAUACAAGAGGACGUAAUAAUAUAUAUAUAUAUAUAUAUAUAUAUAUAUAUAUAUAUAUAUAUACAUACGUAUAAAAAUAAUUAUGCAUUUAUACAAAAUGAAACAUAACGCGACAACUAUCGAUCCAUUAUAUUAUUACUUAUAUUACUUUACAUGAGACAAUGUUUGUAAAAUAUCAUUAUGGAUUAUCCUUAUGUUCUUGUAUCCAAAAAUGUUUCUUUACAGCUGCCAGUGAUAUUCUCUCAGAACCUUUCCUUUUGAUUAGCUGAUAAUUAUUAGAAAAGAAACGUAAAUAAAAUUUUCAUAUGGUGGCAAUUUA